AUGAAAGUUUUGUCUAGUGUUUAUCUAUCGCUGUUAAUUCAUCAAUUACGUACAAUACUUGUUGUCGUCGCCAAAGAAACAUGUAGUAUGGCAAAGUUUGUUUGCUAUCAAUGUGAUUCCCGUGUGGAUGAUUACUGUGGUGAUCCAUUUAAAUUGCAUCGUGCCAAUCGUACGGUUGAAUGUGCUGAUUACUGUGUCAAGUUUUUUCACUUCGACGGAACAUCAACCAAUGAGACAUUCGUUCGGCGUGGUUGCUUAAAUGAUUAUUUUCUGUAUCGGUUAUCGAAAAUCGAUGUUUGUUAUCGACAUUCAACUGGUGCCAACUUUAGUACCGGAAGGUUUUAUAACGAUGAUAUCUGCGGAAGUAUUGCGGAUUUCCUACCAUGA